UAAAGGGAAACUUUCUCUCUUCUUCUUUUUUCUUCCCUCAUUUCCCAUUAUUUACCUCUUUCUGACUCUGUUCUUAGGAUUCCUUCUGUUUUUUUCUUUUUUUUACGUUUGAGAAAGAGAGAGAGAGAGAGAGAGAGAGAGAAGUUUACUGUCAUCGCACCGACAUCAGGGAUUUGUUUAGUGUCGAGAAUGCUUUCGAAGGAGAAAAUAGAAAAGUUUCGUCAAAGGAAUAAUACGUUCUUUACGACUAUCUUCCUGUUAUACAAAAGAUAGAAGAAACAUCAAGUUUUUUCUUUCGUAGAACGUUUAUGCUUUAACGGCGAAACCGACAAAGCUAUUUUAACGAGUAUCCGAUGUGAAAAUGCUAAUCUCGUUGCGCUUGAGAGGAAGAGAAUCUUGAAAGGAUGCAUCGAAGACACAUUAUCGGCAGAAUGUUCAUGGGAGUUCAAGGCUUACCGAUUUGGCGACAAAACAGAAUAAAGCGCGAGGAAGUGUCUUUUUUCGAAAGAUAAAAAUUGGAAGGAAUAAUUGUUAAAAAGUAAUCGGCGACCCUUUUACGACUCUGUCGAGUCAAUAAGAAUCGGUGAGAUUUUGAAAGAAAAUUGAAACUCACAUGCGGGUUAUGAACUUUAUGGAAGGUCAAACUUCAUGAAUCUUACAGGAAGAAUAUUUGCAUGAAAGAUUCGAUUUGUCGAAGUUGCGAUACUCGAUAGGGUCAUCGGCUUUGAAGUUUCAUCGAAUUUGGCACGGUCUCUCGAAUGCGUAAGAACGCGCAUGGACGAAGGGAAACGAGUGGACAAGUUUUUAAAGCGAGGAAGAAGUAGAAGAAGGGGAAGGAGGAAGGUUAAGAGGAAAAUUUCAACGAGCGAUCUUGUUGCUUCGCGAAUGGAAAAACGAGCGAUGUCUUCGAUUCGAAUACAUUAAAGUAUGAUGGAUUGAGGUACCGAGAAGAUGAUUACGGAAUAAAUCGAAGAUUAAAUAAAAUGGACGUUUUAUCGGAUCUCCGAUGAAACGAAGGUUUCGAAGCUCUUCGGUGGUGGCUGAGGGAAAAAAAAAAUGAAGAGAGAGAGAGAGAAAGAGAGCUUCGUUGGGAGAGAACGAAAGGCCGGGAUGCGUGAGAAACGGCCGUGACUGAAGGCGACAAUAAUCGAAAGGCUAGAGUUAAGUGCAACUUUGACAAUAAAUAACCAAGGCUGAUACUAGAAGGAAAAAGGGGAUAAUACUGCCAACGUCGUUGCCUAUGGAUCCUGACGUCUACAUGGCUUUGUGACUAUGUGCGUAUACACCUACGUAAAUCGCAAAGCUCUUGGCGACGAUAAAGAAGCACGAGAUUCCUCGGUCGAAAACCGGCCGGUGCUAUAACUAUCCGCGGUAAUGCACAAUUUCGUCCUGGCAAAGAACUUCAGCAGGCGAAUCGACAGCAACGACGAGCGACGAAGACAAUUCUAGCUAGAGAAUUCGCUUUAGAGAAAGAAAAAAAAAAAAAAAAAAAAAAAAAAAGAAAAAAAAAGCAAAAACAAAAAGAAGAAAAAAGGAAAACAAAGAAAAAAGGAAAAAUAGAAGAAAAAAAGUAAUAGUUAUCCGAGGAAAAUGUUCCAAGGUGUCGUCAAGAAAAUUCGUGCGAAUCUUUGUACGGAUUUUUAGACGCGCAACCAAGAGAGAUUGUCCGGAGUAAGAAGAGAUGUCACUGAAUCACAAAUAUUACGUGACAACGGUACCGGACGAAGCCGUGGACAGCUUUAAAAUGCCCAGAGCUUCCGUGGUACAUAUGACGUCGACGGCAACGAGACCACAGCACAUGUCGCAGGUUUUGGCGACCCUGGCGCUUUCCAUGGGAACGUUGUCGUCUGGCUUGGCGAAAGGCUACACCUCGCCUGCAUUGGAUUCUAUCCUGGACAAACAACCGCCUCCUCUCUAUCAAUCGUCCAACAACGAUACGUGGACGGUUUUCUCGGUGACGACGCAGGAGGCCUCAUGGGUCGCCUCCUUGUCGAUGUUGGGCGCUUGGUGCGGCGCCAUGAUCGGUAAUUGGAUAAUGAGGAGAGGCCGACGCGUAGCCCUACGUGUCACGUCCUUACCCUUGGCUGCCGCAUGGAUACUUACGGGCGUUGCACCCUGCGUAGAAGUCGUCUAUUGUACGAGUUUCCUCGGUGGACUCUUUUGUUCCGUUAUUACGAUGGUCGCCCAAGUAUACAUUUCGGAAAUCUCGAUGCCAGGCAUCAGAGGAUGCCUGUCGGCGAUGUUAAAGGUGCUGGGUCACGUCGGCGUCUUGCUCUCUUACAUAGCCGGAACGUAUUUGAAUUGGCGACAGAGCGCACUCUUGGUGGCCGUCGCACCGUCGAUGCUCUUUUUGGGAACGCUCUUUAUACCCGAAACACCGUCGUAUCUCGUUUUGAAUGGAAAGGACGAGGAGGCAGCGAGCAGCCUGCAGUGGUUACGAGGCGAACAAGUUGACAUAAGACACGAGCUACAGGUGAUCAAGACUAACAUAUUGGCGUCCAGAGCGAAGCAGUACGGACUGAAGAGCAGCAUGCUGACGCCACGACUUUACAAGCCGAUCGCCAUAACUUGCGGACUGAUGUUCUUUCAAAGAUUUUCCGGAGCGAAUGCGUUCAAUUAUUACGCCGUCAUCAUAUUCCGUCAGACAUUGGGCGGAAUGAAUCCUCACGGAGCAACAAUAGCGAUUGGAUUCGUCCAAUUAUUGGCAUCCUUGUUGUCGGGUUUCCUAAUCGACAUAGUCGGCAGAUUACCGCUCCUGAUUGCCAGUACCGUUCUCAUGUCGUUAGCAUUGGCCGGUUUUGGUAGUUACGCCUAUUACGUGUCCCAAACCCAAAAUCUCGGCUAUUCCGAUUCCCCGGUGCCUACCGGCGAACACGACUGGAUACCGUUGCUCUGUGUACUGGUCUUCACGACCGCCCUAGCCCUGGGCAUAUCGCCAAUUUCCUGGCUAUUGAUUGGCGAACUUUUCCCGCUCGAGUAUCGCGGUAUCGGGUCCAGCAUCAGUACCAGCUUCAGCUACUUUUGCGCCUUCUGCGGCAUCAAACUCUUUAUGGAUUUUCAGCAAGUUCUCGGAUUGCACGGAGCCUUUUGGUUCUACGCGGCAAUGGCCGUCUGCGGACUUUGUUUCGUCGUUUAUUGCGUCCCAGAAACGAAGGGCAAACAAUUGGACGAGAUGAAUCCGGACUACGCACAGGCACGGUAGUAUAAGGCCUCCUUGACGGGAGGUCUGUCGAAUCUCGAAAAGGCGAACAAGCCUUUACCGAGCGGUGCUUAUCCGAACGAGCACGAUCCUCGGGAGAUAUACAGCGCCGAACAACAAGCUGCUCUAUCAUCAGGAUCGGCAGGACCAUCGACGACUAAUAACUCUGUUCGUGGAAUAUCGAGAGGUAGUCAUCGUUCCUUGUCCGAGUAUUGUGGCAUCUUCGCCGAGAAAACCAAUAGGAUAGGUAAAAACGUGGAGAAUUUCAUCCAAUCCCGUGGAUUUCUCGGAUCGCCCGUUCAAAGGCUAAGCCCCUACGAAACAACUCUUUACCCGAACGACAACGUUCUAUCCUCUAAGAACAAAAUCAACGGGGGAACAUACAAGAAUGGAAUUUAUGGUAAAACGAAAAUUCUCGAGGAGGAUCGACGUUACGACGGAAUAAAUUGCGUUGCUAAUAAAGAUCGCAGGGAGACGUUCAUUUCGAGAGAAUCAAAUCGAACGAACGAACGCAUACGUUCCACCUCCGAGCGGAUGCAAUUGGCUCGUAGAACAAGACGUAACUAUCGCGAUGAUGAUGAUCGGUCCUACGGCCCAUGGAAGGAGCAAGGCCCAUUGAGAAAUGUAAACGGUGCUAAGCCGAUCCUGAGAAAUGGCAUCGGUUACCGGAGAGUCGAGAGGAAACGACCAUACUGUUCGACCCUUCCGACUAGACGUAGCAGGACCAUUAAUUUCAAGGAUCAGCCUUAUAACUCCCUGGAGGAGCUACGCGGAUACCCGAAGAGUCUUCAGGAUUUAACGGAUUUCGAGAUCGAGGAGAGAAUAGGAAAUUCAAGCGUGUCCUCCUUACCGAAAACGAGAACGCGCUCGAGGGAUGACAGAACGGCCGACGUUUAUCGUCAUCGUAGAAGGGUACGGGACCCCCCGGUGGACGAUCCUUUGGACGAGGACGACUAUUUGAAAUUUUGUAGAAACUUGGCGAGAAUGGAAAGAUAUCCUCGGGGAGGCCGUUACGAGCCGGGACAGGUGCACUAUGAGAGAGAGUGUAGAACCUUUGGAAAGGACACCGUAGCUUUUAUUUAUUACAAAACAUGUUAUUUGUGAUCAUUUCAAAUGCUCACGAGAAGCAUAGAAAAUAUUUCUUAUUUUCAUUCGUGUUAGACGUUUCCUCUACGACGUUGGCUCAUAUAAAUAACUUAGGAUAUCGUUAAGAAAGAUUCGCGAGAAAACGCUUAGCGAUCAUUACUAUCUCUAUUCAUCCUUUUUCGCAGUUUAAUAGUUAUUAAUAGUGAUUUUCUUAAAGCUCGCGGUAUACGCACUCUUUCUUCUUCUUUUCUUUUUUCAUCCAUACAUACGCGCACACCCUCACUAACACACACACACACACAGAGAGAGAGAGAGAGAGAGAGAGAGAGAGAGAGACGACACACCUAAUAAAGAGAUUUGCGGUAGAACAAAAGGCAGAACUUCCAUGCAUCGUGCCUUCCUCGAAAAACGCGACAAUAUUACGCUAAGACGGUAAUACUUAAAAAUCUCGUCUACCUAUCACGUGCGUAUAUGUUAACACACGCGCGAAUAAUGUACAUAAAGGAUAGAGAUGAUUUAAAAGUGAUUAUUCUUAGGAAAUAAAUUCGACGCGAACAGAUUCUUCCUAGACCGAAUCUAUGGAUCGAAUAAAAGAGAAAAAGAAAGAGGCAGAAAAAAAGAGGAUAUUAGAUCGAUAAUAAUUAGGACUCGUAUAAAUUUCGUAUUUUCGUUUCAACACAAUCGGACGAUUUAUGCCCAAUUAUAAGAAGAAUCUUUCUAUUUACAAUCAAUUUUUACAAGAGAGUAUUAGUUUAAUAGAAACGAACGUAAUCGCGUUGCCUGGCAUUAUUAGAGAAAAUAACAUGUUAAUUAACUAAGGUGCAAAAAGGCACGCCGAUUAUUACCGAUGAAAAAGAGAAUAAUAAAUGCUCGGAUCUUAUCCUCGCGAGACUCGUUUUACGAGUCAAUGACUUAAUUGCGACAAUAUCUGUAGAUAGAUGCAUACUUGUCUGUAUACUUGUUAUCUUUCUUACAUCUAUAUCGCAUAACGGAGUAUUGUAUAUAAUACAUAUGCGAUAUCAGCCCACUCAUCAGUACAUACGUGUAUUCGCACGAGGGUGGGAGCAAAAAGUAAACAAAAUUUAUCGACAAUAUAUAAAUACGCAUAUACACAUACGCAUACACGCAUUAUAUCGAUCGUUGCCAAAUUCGUUUGAUCUCUAGGUUUAGGACUCGAAUAAUCAAAUUUUCUAAACUAGUGCGUAUGCAAGUACGUACCUAUAUAGGAUAUAUACGAUUUAUCCUUCAACUGUAAUUUCCAUCGACGGGGGCGGGAGGGGGAGAGGAGAGACUCGAUAAGCCUAAUGUUUACUUUCUUCUAAAGGUCUACCUACGUUUAGCUGCCAUUUAACGAUAUAAUAUUUUUAUAAGAUUUUGUCAACUCGGAACUAAAGAUUCGUGCAAUGUGAACAAAACCUUCCGAGAGAUUAACUGCGAGAAGAAGGAAUUAGAAAGAGAAUGGUAUCUGUAUUUGAUAUUUUUAUAUAGUCUGUAGAAAAAAGAACACAAAUGGAAAAAAAAAGAAAAACAAUAUACGGCCGACGUUGCGUUACGCAAAGAGAAGUCGGCGAUCGUGAUCAAAGCCCUAGUCUUCGGAACGGGGAAAAAUAUUUCGUUGUUCUACGAGAGAGAAGAGAUACAAUAAUGAUAAUAUAUUCACUCGUCGGACACGAUAGAAUAUAUCGCGUUGUCCUUCUCCUUGCGGUCGUCGAGUAAAACUUCUUAUACUUCCGUAAUCAUUUAUAUCUACACACACACACACACACACAUCCAAGUAUAUAAGUCAUAUCCUUGCCAUAUCCAAUAUUCUAACGAAAUGGAAGUCUGUGAAGCGCGUAUUACGAUAUCGCGUACUUAUAAACUAAUUGAUAAAAAUACUUAUCGGAAAUGAUAUAUACUAUAACGGUGCUUUUGUAGACAAAGGCUCGGAUCGAUUUGAAGCUUUGAACGAUUUGAAAUCUAUCGGGCGCGUCGUCUGACCGAUACGGGCACAGUGAAUAACUCGAAGCAAAAACAUAUCGCUAACUUAUCGAAAGAAAUUGCCCUCGAUCAAGAGAGACUUUCUCUCUCUCUCUCUCUCUCUCUCUCUCUCUCGAUCGAGUGGAAUACGAAGGGAAUAAUCGAUUCGAAAAGAUUGACGCAUGUAUAUCUGUAAAAAAAAGAAAAAAAAAAUAACGAUCUCUCCGGGCAAACAUAUCUCGUCGAGUAAAAUUUGCAGGGUGUUAAGUCACUGUGUUUACUUAAGGAUAAGAAAAAGACAAAAGAUGAUAAUAAUAUAAAACUACAUUAAAUAUCCUACAAUGCUGAAGGGCUUGGACGUAGUAUCGAAUAAAAUUUCUAUUAUGAUUAAGAUAUAGCGCAAGUGCAAUGCUCGUUAAACGAGUGCACACGUAGCUUAAGAUAAUUUAGAGUUCUAUAUAUACAGAUUGUGUACAUACGAAUUUUCGACCAUCCCGUUCUUUAGUAUUCUUUGCGCCGUACCAAUAAUAAUUCUUAUUCGUGCCAAAGGCACGAUUUGCGUACUAUUUCGGAGGGACUAAUUUAAAGCGAGAGUAUUACUUCUUUCCCGUAGUCAAUGUCGAGCCUGAUAAAGGAAUAAAAAAAGAAAUAAAUACACACAGAGAGAGAGAGAGAGAGAGAGUACAUACACGUGCGUACGUAUAUAAUUAUACAUAAAAUAUAUCUGCACUGUGCACUUUUGUGAAUUGAAGGUUUAUUGUAAUACCUGGCGAUACGAUAGAGUUUGAUUCGGAAACAAAGCGUCGUAUUACCGCACACAUAGAGAAUGUAAAUUAGUCGAGGAUAUUAUAGGCGUCGUAACAAGUUUCGCGCCCCUUUGUACGCAUCCAUUUAUGUAUUAUACAUAGAGAUACAUACGUAUAUACAUACACGGGCUACGUUAUGUGUACGCGCCGUAAAGGUAACGACAUUUAUUUGCAAGUCACUUUCUAGUAAUGAAACUCGCUUGAAAAUCCACGCCAUCGAAUAAUCGAAAUAGGUGCCGACGAAGAUUAGCUUAUCGGAUAGAAGAAACAAGCUAUACGAACGAUCGCGCGUUACUCAAGCGUAUUCUAAAACUCGAAACGUCUUUACGAAGAGAUCAGCUCGAAAGAGAUAAAGAGCGACUCCAAAAGUAACUCGGUGACAAUAAGAUAACAAAGAGAAAUAAUCGACAAUAAACAUUAUAUAGAGAAAGAGCGCUGGCCGUCUAAACACAUAUAUACGUGAUUAUAUAUAUAUAUAUAUACAUAUACAUAUAAAUAUAUAAAUUUGUGCAUCUAUGAGAUGUGUCAGAGACAAGGAAAAAAAGGAAAAAAAAAAAAAAGAUACUACAGCAGGAGAAACAAAAAGAAAGGAAAAAAGAAAAAAAAAGAAAAAAAAAGAAAAAAGAAAAAAGAAAAAUGUCCGACAAGGUAUUUUCCAAAACGAUGAAAAAGAAAAGAAAAAAAAAUAUAUAAAAUCCUACUUCUAAAAAGGGUAGCUUCGCUUGCUAGAUUUAAUAUUUUUGUAAUGACGCCUAGGUGUAGUUUGUUUGUACCUCGAUAGAAUAAACGUUUAAUCUAUGAAAAAGGGAUAAAAGAAAACACAGGAAUAUCACAGUGAAAGAUUGCAACAUGUAUGCGUAUAUACAUAUAUACAUAUACAUAUACAUAUACAUAUAUAUAUAUAUAUGCACAUAUGUAUAUAUACGCGCACACACACACACACACACACACACACCCGAUGGAAAUAAGACUGUGUGCGAGCAUUCAAAGUAUAAGCGAGCUUUAACUCCGAUCAUCGAAUUAGAAGGUGUCUCCAACGCGCAAUAUUUCUUCGAUCGAUGCCUUUUUUCUUUCGUUCUGUACAUACUUUUGGAAAUACCUUUUUCUGUUUCGAAUCUUAUUAGAAUCUCGUUGGAGUUUAAGAAAGAACCAGAUUCGUUAAAUCGUAUCUUCGAAUGGAAAAGAAGAGAGAGAAGAGAAAUAGCGUAAAAGAAAACUAAUAGUUGAUUUUGGCGAACGUCGGAGACGCUUCUAAAAUCGUUACGGUAAAAGAUAUGCGUUUAUCUAUGUUAGGUAUAAAAUAAUGUACUUAAGCGAGAGUUUUUAGUUAGAAAGUUUUCUCUAAAAGAUGAUUAAUUUCGUUAACGAAUGAUAAAGCUGGAUAUACGAUCGCUAACCAAGCGGAACCAACCAAGAUAUUACGUAUUUCUAUAGAGAAAUCAUAUACACAUAUUAUAAAUGCCAAAAUAAGAAGAAACAAACAUAACCGAUAACACGGAUAUUAUCUUCUUUUUCUUUAACCUUGACAAAUGACGCAACGACAGUUUAACGGGAUAACGAAUUUUCCAACUCAAUCCUUAUAUUAAUUUUCCCGUUUUAACACUCGUAGAUAAUAGCGAGUAUUGUUUGGAAUUUCGUUCGCUCAUCACCUGAAAAUGUCCAAUCCUAAUGGACAUAUUUUGUACAUUCAUACUUCGAUUAGACAAGGUGACGAUGAAAGUGCCUUGUCAGAAAUAUUUCGGACUUUGUAUUCGUAAGUUUUUAACGUGACGAGGAGGACGCCGAGUAUAGAACUCGGUUGUACAGUAUAAAUAUAUACGAAAAUAUUAUUAUCUGAAAUAUUCUAUCGCCACAUAUACCAACAACUUUACGAUUUUUACGAUUUUCUUCUUUUACGGAAUUGUAGAUAAUAACAGAAAUGAUAGGCGUUGACCCGUUGCUCGAAUUGAGGACGUCUCAUUAAUAAUCGCAUUAAUAAAGAAUUUUGUCGACGAUGUUAUUUAUGCGAUCAUCAGUUGUCCUUUUGUCGCUUCGAAAAUGUUAAUAUUAUAUACGAAACGCGCCGACAUCUGGACGCUAAAAUUUGUACCACAUUGUCCGGCAUAUUAGGCGGGCGAUCGGUUGAAUUCGGAAAGUUGUAAUAUAAAAGAUGUAAAAGACUCACCCAAUUGCGGAACCGACAUGUAAGUUUCACAAUCGACGAGAAAUUGUCCAGAUUGUACGGCUCCAAGAGCAACUAUCCUUUUCGUCAGAAACUCUAUCGUCUGCGGGCCUGUUCUAUUUUCCGUCAUCGGGAACUGCUGCAGUCUGAGAACGCAAGCGAAAAGUUUGUUUAACGUAAGCGAACGCCGUAAUAUUUAUAUAGGAUAGAAAAGUUAUUGUAGCAACUCGUUAAGCACGAGUUACAAUAAAAUUCUAGAAAAAUCGA